GCUCCAUUGUAAUAUAAAAUCAAGACCGUACGUACAUAGAUCUACUUGCAAACUAGCUGCUAGUUUAAGGUUAGACCUCUCGCAAGAUGCCCUCCACAAGUUGUGCAGCAGCUGCAGUAGGCCUAUGUAGAGUCCUGCUGGCCCUCCUCUGCGUUGGAGCUUUCGUACUCAUAGCAUGUCUUGGAGGAUUUCUCAACCGAGGAAGAGGUGGCUUUGUCACAUUUGGCCCGCAAAAUACCUCUGAUCCAGAUAUGGAGCGAUGGUACUGGUCUGCACAUAUCCUGAGUAGGCUGCUGUUUGCUGCUCCAACUGGCUUGCUUGUGUUGCUGUGUGGCCUUCACUUCCGUGCGUCAGUUUUAGUCACAAUAAUGACCUGGUUCAGUCUGUACGUUGGGUGGGGCUGCUACAUGGACAUUGGAAUGGUGGACAAUGUCGCCAGUCGUUCUGGUGUAUUUGACUGGAUUGUAGGCCGUCAAGGAGCCAAUUGGACUAUGGGCCAUCGAUUUGUUCGUGAAUAUGCGGGUAUGUCCCUGAGGGGAUUGAUAUGGACAGCACCUCAUGGCUAUGUCCUAGAGCGACUUGGCUUUGGUUGGGAAUACAGUCUUAGCGGCAGUUUGAUGGGACUAGUUUAUUAUGUCGGCUCGAACACAGAUACAAGCGGCUUGCCUAAUCAGGCAUUCUUCAAUCACGGCACGGCUGCUGCUGAAGUUUACUGGGGAUGGUGGAUGUGGUUUAUGCUAAGCAUGGUGAGCUUGUCACAGCUUGUACGAAGAGGACAAGUAUGGGUGUAUAAGAAAAAUCCUUACCUCGGAACAAGGCCGUAUUCUUCUUGGGAGAACAUUAAGUACCUAUCACUAAAUCGACCUAUUUUUCGGCUCAGUUAUGAAUUCUUCAUGUUUGUCUUCAACUUUAUUUUGUGCAGCUCCCUUAUAUUUUAUUCUUUGAUCGAGCAGACAGACAUACGAAAUAAAGCCCAGACGUUCUUUGGCUUAUUCACUGGAGUAUUAAUGUUGUGCUUCUCACAAGGCUGGGUUUGGAGUCUGUUGUUUCUAAAUAUUCAACUGAAGCGAUUAGCAAAGAAGGCCAGAAAUUCUCCUGAACAAGAACAUUUGCAAAAUGGUAACAGUCAGACUUACGAUAUAAGAAAGUCCCUCAGUCCUUCUUUAAGUACUGGGUAUCAAAGAAACCCCAGUCACGGAAACAACCUGGACAGAUAUGAUACUGCAGCUGCUGUCAUAAGUGGAGAGACCCAGCCACUUCUAUCAUGGCCCUACUCCCACCCGGAUCGAGUUUCCCCUACUGGUGAACGGAUUAACACACUCAAGCUGCCCGAAGGCAAUCCAAGUGUUUCUAGGCAUGCCCAUCAUGUGAUACAGUCACCUUCUAUCGCUACUGCAUUCUUGAUCCUAUGGCCCUCCGUUAACAAAUGGUUGUGGUUGGAUGUAUUUGUGUUGAUGCGUAGGCUGAUUGGACUAGCGUCGUUUCUGAGCACCCUUUUGACUAUCGUGUUGACAGCGAUUGCGAUAGUAUGGGAUAUCGAGUCACCUCGGUUCAUGCAUGUUCCUUCGUCUAUUUUUGUUGUAAACUUAACUUCCCCUGAGUUGUAAUAAUUAUACUAGGUGAAUAUUUAUUUGUCUUCUCGUUUUACGUUCUCGUAUUAUUAUUAUUUUUGACUACAUGCAUUGAUUUAAGACUUAAAUUAAUAUGGUCAGGCCAUGCA